AUGCAUCAUCUCUACACUCGCUUAUUCAUUUGUGCUAUUUUUGUUGGCACCUGUCUGGCCCAGAACACCGGCAGCCAAAUCCCCAGUGACUGGAAAUGCAAUGGCCAACAGACAGUGGUCACAACGUCAGAUGGCUCCACGUUCGCUCAGUGCACAAACACUGAUUGGCAAGGGCGCAGCAUGUAUUCUUUAAAAGACUACAAUACAGCUGCAGCCUGCGCCGAGGCCUGCGGUCUCACUCCUACUUGCAACGAUGCCGUCUGGGACACCCAGGGCAAAAGUUGCCACAUGAAAGACCCGACAAAGACUCUCACACAAGCCGACAACAAACAGUAUUACCAGCUGAGGUUGAUCAAAAGGGCGGCUCCCGUGUCUCAGGCUGUACAGCAGGGCGGCCGGUGGUCUGCCCAGAUCAACUUCUCCAUCAUACCGGCUGCCGCCUACAUCGUCCCCGAGCAACCCUAUGCCAGCCGCAUCCUGGCGUUUUCGGCCGCCGAAGACGAGUCGUUUGGAGGUCACUACGGGCAGACUCAGUUUACGGAUUAUAACUACCAGACCGGCGUCAUCUCCAAGCGCACAGUCCAAGAGACAAAACACGACAUGUUCUGUCCUGGCAUCAGUUCCUUGGCCGAUGGCAGAAUGGUAGUGACUGGCGGUGACGAUGCCGCCGUCGUCAGUAUCUACGACCCCUCGACCAACAAGUUCACGCGCGCCGCAGACAUGAACAUAGGCCGCGGCUACCAGGCCAGCGCGACUCUCUCCAACGGCAACGUCUUCACCAUUGGUGGUUCCUUCUCGGGCGGCACCAAGAGCAAGAACGGCGAGGUCUACGACCCAAACAGCAACAAAUGGACCCUCCUCGAUGGGUGCAAGGCCGACGCGCUCAACACGGGCGACCUCGCCUGGAGGCGCGACAACCACGCCUGGCUCUACGGCUGGACCAACGGCAGCGUCUUCCAGGCCGGCCCCAGCGGGCAGAUGAACUGGUACACCACCGACGGCGGCGGCGACGUUCAAAGCGCCGGCAUCAGGAACUCGACCGAUGCGGCAAUGUGCGGCGCCAACGUCAUGUACGACACGGGCAAGAUCCUGGCGUCCGGCGGUGCGCCCCUUUACGACAACGACUCGGGCGUCACCACGGCUAAGAUCAUCAACAUCCCCGCGCUGGGCGAGAAGGCCACCACGGAAGCGGUCCCCGACAUGAAGUACCCCCGUGCGUUUUCCAACAACGUCGUCCUUCCCGACGGCACCGUCCUGGUCACGGGCGGGCAAAAGUACGCGCGCCAGUUCACCGACGUCGAGUCCAUCAUGUACCCGGAGCUGUGGAGCCCCAAGACCAACACCUGGACGGUCAUGAACGCCAUGGCGGUCCCGAGGAACUACCACUCCGUGUCCCUGCUCCUGGGCGACGGGAGGGUCUGGGCCGCCGGAGGUGGCCUCUGCUGGGUGAAAAAGGGCGCCGCGGACGUGCCGGCCGACUGGCAGUGCGAGGCGUCAGCCCAGCACACCGACGCCGAGAUCUUUUCGCCCCCGUACCUGUUCAACGCCGACGGGACCGACGCCACCCGCCCCAACAUCACGGCGCUGAGCACCGACAGCGACGCCAACGGCAACUGGGUGCGUGCCGGCGGCUCGCUGACCGUCACCAUGGACAGCAGCGCAGAUAUGACAUUUUCGGUGGUUCGGUUGGGUUCCGCCACGCACUCCAUCAACACCGACCAGCGCCGCCUGUCGUUGACUUCCACACAGCAGGACAGCAAGCACACUAUCAAGCUGCCGACUGACAGCGGGGUGCUGUUGCCAGGAUACUGGUACUUGUUUGCGAUGAAUGCUCAAGGUACUCCAUGCAUCGCAAGGGUGAUUCAGGAACGACAACCCAUCAGUAUGGAACCAACUCAAGGAGCAAGCAUCCUUCUGGCCCUCGCUGAAGCUAUCCGGGAAACACAAUUUCAGGAGGUUGACUACUCGGAUACAAUCAGGGAGCAUUGUACAAUCUGUACCUCGACAUGCGCCAACGAGAAUAUUCUUGAGAAGAGCUCCAAGGACCUCUUGUCAAGGGCGGGCCUACUAAGACCUGGUAACUCAGCUCAUGACACACAUAUGGUAACAAUCCACACCAAUGCCAUCGACGGCAAAAAAGAUGUCAUGCUGUGCCUGGAAGGCCUGUUCAACGUCAUUGACGGAUGGAUAGUUAUCAACCAUGUGAACAAGAAUGCCGAGUUUCCCGUGCAGGACGACAGAGCCAACGUGCCGACAGCUGCGCUUUUUGGUUACGUCUGGUCACAACUUGCUCGGAAGAAAAGCAAAGGAAGAAAAGUCUCCCCUCUCAAAGCAGUCAUAUUUGAGAAGCUUUCCAGCUACUCUACGCCGGAUGAGCUGAGUAUGCUAAAGUACCUGAGCGACACCCGUGGCGCCUUGCUCAACACGCUGAACCCAAGCUCUGGGCAGGAUUUCCUAGGUAAGCUGAGCGGGCCAUUCAAGUUAGAGGAUCUUUUCAAAGAUGGCGGUAUCUGCCGCAUCCUAUCCGACGCCUUGACUGCCACUCAAUCCAUAUUUCCAAAUAGAUACCCCACCGAGCUACUCUGGCAAAGGGACUCAACAACAACAGGCUACACCCUGCUCGUCCUGCUCCAGCCACUCCCGGACCUAGCACGGGGUUCAAGUGCCCCCCAGGCUACCUAUCAAGACGUCCCCGUCCGCGCCCCGGUGUUCAAUCACCCGCGACUUAUCAAGAAAUCAUGCGAGGCGCUGGUAGAGACCGUAUCGGAAUGCUCCGAACCCGAAGACCAAGGCUCGCAAUCGCUGUCCCUGCGAGGCGGCGGCAACCUGGACCGCGAACAACCCCCACGCUCCGGGCUCGACUUUGAUUUGCUCAAGGCCCGGCUGAAGCGACUCUGCACCAACGAACCGAGCCCAGAAUUGGAGGCAAAGGUCAAGAGGCUGGAGGAGUCGAGCAGGCGACAGGCUGGCGUCUGGGGGGAAGAGACCAAGGAGGUGAUGGAAGAGAUCAAGAAGCGGGAGGACCUAGCGGCGACCAAGAAGGAGAAGCGGAAAGGGACGAUUGCCAUCGGUCUGGGUAGUGAGCGCAAAUAG